AUGUCAGCGCUCGGGCGCACCGACAACCCCACACCAGAACCUCAUCAGCCUGCUUACCCGGAUGUGCGAGAAAUCCCGACACUGAAACAAGGAAGAUUCGCACCUCUGCGCUACGAUGACAUUCUCCAAGCCGCUUCCAGGGAUCACGAUGAUCCGCCACCCAAACCCGGUCCGAGCGACUGCUGCGGCAGUAGCUGCCAGCCCUGCGUCAAGGAGCUGUGGAGCGAGGAGCUGAGGGCUUGGAAAGAAAGAUGGGGAAAGGGCAGCUCAAGCAAAGCCUCGAAGCAUGGCGGUGGCAAAUCAAAAGCUGCUGAGAUUGGAGCCUCGAAGCAAGUCGGUGGCGGUUUGGGUGCGAGUGCGGAUGCGAAUGACGGAGCGUGUAGCAUGCCUGGAGGUCUACCACAGUGGUGA